UAACGAUGUCUUGGAAUCUUGUUAUAUCCCUAUGCCAGCAAAGUUGAAGUUCUAGCCCUGGCUGCUCUGGAAGUAAGAGAUCAACAGUUCAGAUUGGUUGAAAUUCUUGUGAGAGGAGGGAAUGAGGCUAUCCCCAAUGAAUUCUCUUUCACUUCCUUCCCUUCCCUUCACAAGACUUUCUGCAAGUGAAACCGGAACAAACACGAUAUGGGUAUCCUUCAAAACCUCAAUUUUGUCACCAGAGACUCAAACUUUAAGCAGAGUAUUGUGUCUGAGAGCUAAAAGCAAUGGUGAGGCAGUGAUAAUUGUGGAUCAUGGGUCGCGUCGAAAAGAGUCCAAUCUCUUGCUUAAUGAAUUUGUGAAGAUGUUUAAACAUAAAACCGGUUACGAGAUUGUGGAGCCUGCUCAUAUGGAUGUUGUGAAUGAUAGGAUCAAGCAUUGCUUGAAGCACAUAUCCGGAGAUGCCGAAGAGUGUUCUGUUUGUGCUGGGACUGGAAAAUGCAGGCUCUAUAAUUCAUGAAGCAGGGUUGAAAGUCAAGGGAAUUUUAUAAACUGGGUUGCAACUAACCAAACUGAAGAUGUUGGCAACAGCCUGGUUCAGAAGAAUCAAGAUGGUUUCAUAGUCAUGGUUGGAUAUGAUACCCUGAAAGUGAUAUGAUCAGUGAGUCACAAGGAUCUUCUCCUCUUAUAUCAUGAUGAUUUCCAAAAGUUUAAGUUCAAUUUGUUCAAUUAAAAAUAAUUGCCAAGGCAAUAAUAUUGAAACUAUUGCUUGCAUAAGCAAAGUUGUAACAUUGAUUGAAUUCUUUGUAUAAUAUAUAUUCUUACGGAUGCAGUUCAACUUAGUAUAUGGCUAGUGUCGGCAACAUGUACCCUAUCCUACCCGCAGUUACCCAACCCUAUCAGGACCUGCUACGGGUAGG